AUGUGGGAGUUCAGGUCCAUGUCUUUCUGGCGGGCGGUGUUCGCCGAGUUCUAUGGCACCAUGUUCUUUGUAUUCUUUGGGUUGGGGGCAGCCCUCCGCUGGACCACCGGGCCCCAUAAUGUUCUCCAUGUUGCCUUUUGCUUUGGGCUGGCGGCUGCCACCCUCAUCCAGUCCAUCGGCCACAUCAGUGGAGGACACAUCAACCCAGCUGUUACCUUUGCCUACCUGAUUGGCUCUCAGAUGUCCCUGUUCCGUGCUUUCUUCUACAUCAUAGCCCAGUGUCUUGGAGCACUGGCUGGUGCUGCCGUGCUCUACGGAGUCACACCCAGCAACAUGAGGGGAAACCUUGCACUCAACACGCUGCAGCCAGGCAUCAGCCUGGGCAUGGCCACCACCAUGGAGGUCUUCCUCACCCUGCAGCUUGUCGUCUGCAUCUUUGCCGUGACUGAUGAGAGGCGCAACGGACGCCUGGGAUCUGCUGCUCUGGCCAUCGGCUUCUCUGUGCUCAUGGGGCAUCUUCUCGGGAUGUACUACACUGGAGCAGGAAUGAACCCAGCAAGGUCCUUCGCCCCUGCUGUGCUGGUCAGGAAUUUUGUCAACCACUGGGUGUACUGGGUGGGACCCAUGAUUGGUGGUGCCAUGGGUGCUCUGGUUUAUGACUUCAUGCUGUUCCCCCGCAUGCGCGGCCUCUCUGAGAGGCUCGCCAUGCUGAAGGGCACCCGGCCCCCAGAGGCUGAGGGCCAGCAGGAGACGAGGGGAGAGCCCAUCGAGCUCAAGACACAGGCCCUAUAA